GAUGAAUGAGCAGCGUAUAAAAAGGUACACCAUUUCACGUUGAGCUCAUAACUGUUAGAAUGGAUCGGUCAAACAAAGGAUUUUCGUUGUCGUUUCUGGCAGUUUUAGCGCUGCUAAGCAUAUUCUCGGCAACUAGUGGGGAGGAAGUGCAUCAAAGAGCCAAGAGAAGUCCACAAAUGCCCAACUUGCCACAACCACCCACUCCACCAAGUGGCUUUCCGAGCCCAAUGUUAGCACUUCAUCGAAUUGCAAGACAGUCGCCACCCCAAGGACCACCUAAGGAGACACCUACAUCACCACCAGAAGCAACGAUGAUCUAUCAAUCGGAGCUUCAUCGCCAAACACGCGAAGCUUCAGACGUAAAUAUGAUGAGUGGAAAGAAAAUGGGUGGCAAAAGACGAAUGUUGGUAGCCGAACCUCGUGUAAAACGCGAUGCACGUGGAACAGGCGGCAAACUUCCUAGCCGCGGGGGAUGAAUUAUUAGAGACUACUAAACCAAUUAUGUUUAUUUAUGGGGUUUAUUAUAUAUAAAUUUAAUCUAUUUUCAGUAUUUCAGUGAUAAAGCCUACAAUCAAUCCAAA